AUGAAGCAGUCCCUUAUCACUUCCCUCGUCGCCCUCGCGGCCUCCUCUGGUGUUCAAGCCACUGAGAGCUUGAUCAGCGUCCCCGUUGGUCUCUGUACUGGUAUCCUCGGCGAGGCUGAGUGCAAGCAGCAGAGCUCCAACGGCGGUCUUAUCAACGUCCCCGUCAACGCCUGUGUUGGUGCUCUUGGUAAGGCCAAGUGUGACCAGGCCUCUACCGCCAGCUCCGAUGAGGGUUCUUUGAUCAACGUCCCCAUCAACGUCUGCCUUGCUGUCCUCGGCGAGACUCACUGCAACCAGAAGGCCGACACCAACGGUGGCCUCAUCAACAUCCCCGUCAACCUCUGCCUUGCUGUCCUCGGUGAGGCUGACUGCAACCAGCAGACCGGUUCCGCCACCACUUCUGGCGCUGGUGCCUCUUCCACCGGCUCCUCCGGCUCCGGCAGCCUGAUCAGCGUUCCCGUCAACCUCUGCGCCGCUGUCCUCGGCGAGGCUGAGUGCGAGCAGAAGACCGCCUCCUCCGGUGGUCUCAUCGACGUACCCGUUAACGCUUGCGUUGCUGCUCUUGGCAAGGCCAAGUGUGACCAGAUCGCUGGUGGCUCCUCCGGCAGCGGCAGUGGUUCCGGCAGCCUGAUCAACAUCCCCGUUGGUCUCUGUGCCGCCGUCCUCGGCGAGGCCGAGUGCAAGCAGAAGACCGCCCCCUCCGGUGGUCUCAUCAACGUCCCCGUCAAUGCCUGUGUUGCUGCUCUUGGCAAGGCCAAGUGUGACCAGGUCGCCGGUGCCACUGGCAGCGGCUCCAACGGUGGUGGUCUGAUCAACGUCCCCGUCAACGUCUGCGCUGCCGUCCUCGGUGAGGCUGAGUGCCAGCAGACCUCCGGCUCCAACGGUGGUCUCAUCAACAUCCCCGUCGACCUUUGCCUUGCUGUCCUCGGUGAGGCCGAGUGCAACCAGGGCUCUGCCUCUACCACUACUCCCGCUGCUGCCUCCUCCACCCCCUGUGACACCAUCACCUCCGAGCACAUCGGCAGCACUGUCAUUCCCGGCGCCUCUGAGACUCCCUCCGCCGUUGGCCCUACCGGUGCCUCCACUACUCCCUGUGACACCAUCACCUCCGAGCACAUCGGCAGCACUGUCAUUCCCGGCGCCUCUGAGACUCCCUCCGCCGUUGGCCCUACCGGUGCCUCCACUACUCCCUGUGACACCAUCACCUCCGAGGAGAUCUCCAGCACUGUGAUCCCUGGUAUGCCCGUUCCCUCCGGCUCCGCUCCCUCUUCCGGUGCUGCUCCUUCCGUCACUGGUCCCGCUGGUCCUUCUGGUGUCUCUCCCUCCGGUGCCUCCACCACCCCCUGUGACACCAUCACCUCCGAGGAGAUCUCCAGCACCGUGAUCCCCGGCAUGCCCGCUCCUUCCGCCCCUGCUGGUCCCUCCGGCGGUGCUCCUUCCGGUCCCGCCCCCGCUGGUCCCUCCGGCUGGUCCCCCGUCUCCUCCGGUGUCCCUCACCCCACCGCUCCCGCCAUGUCCUGGUCCACCCACAUCGUCACCAGCACCGUCAAGGUCUGCAACGCCGCCUGCUCCUCCAAGUCCAUGAUGAUGUCCAAGUCCAUGAGCGCCUCCAAGUCUUCCUCCACCGCAAUGGUCGCCCACACCUCCCCCGCUGCUGGUAACGGCAACGGCAACGGUAACGGCGCUGGUGCCGGCUCCUCCGCCACCGGGGCUGUCGCUACCCCCUCCUCCAGCACCGUUCCCUUCAACGCUGCUGGCCGCACCACCGUUUCCGGCCUCGCCGUUGUCUUCGGUGCCCUCUUCGCUGCUGCUAUGCAGUUCUAA